AGGGUGUGCUACUUUACUGGGUCUUCACGGUAGUUUCGUCAGGAUUGCUUCUGGUUUGCCUUUCCCAGUUCGUUGACGUAGCACUGCUGAUUCUAUCUGAACGUCGCUUGAGUAUUGUCCAGACUGUUUCCACGUGGUAGCACUUCGUAUUAUUUAUUCCGUGCUGAUAAGGGUUUCAACCCUGAUAAAGUACGUGAUAAUCAAAAGAAACGGUUCAAAGAUGUUCAACUGGUUGAAACUGUCAUUGAAAAGGACAAGUAUUGGAGACAGCUGCGGCACCGAGCAGAUAAUUUAAAUAAGUUAAAGAAUGUCUGUAGCAAGGAAAUUGGUGAGAAAAUGAAGAAGAAAGUGCCUGUUGGUGAUGAUGACAAUGUUCCCAAAGAGAUUGGUGAUAAUUUGGAUGAUCUCACUUCGGAGAGCCUAAAAGCCCUCACUGUUACUCAAAUAAAGAAAAUUCGAACACUUAUUGAUGAAGCUAUUCUCAAGAAUACUCAAGAUCUUUCCAAGACUGAACUUGACAGGAAUACAGCACUUAGGGAAGUUGGGAAUCAUCUGCAUGAGUCAGUACCGGUUAGCAAUGAUGAGGAGGAAAAUAAGGUUGAAAGAACUUUUGGAGAUUGUACACAGAAAAAGAAGUAUUCACAUGUGGAUUUGAUUCAUAUGAUUGAUGGUAUGGAUGGGGAACGCGGUACAGCAGUCUCUGGAGGCAGAGGAUAUUUUCUUGUUGGGCCUGCAGUCUUUUUGGAACAUGCACUCAUUCAGUUUGCUUUGAGAAAACUUUUUGAUAAAGGAUAUAAACCACUUUAUACUCCAUUCUUCAUGCGUAAGGAUGUGAUGCAAGAAGUUGCACAGCUAUCACAAUUUGAUGAAGAAUUAUACAAGGUCACAGGUAAAGCUGGUGAGCGCAUUGAAGACAAAGACACGGAGGAGAAAUACUUAAUAGCUACUUCCGAGCAGCCAAUUGCUGCUUAUCAUCGAAACGAGUGGAUAGCAGAGGAUGCAUUGCCUAUAAAAUAUGCUGGUUUAUCCACCUGCUUUAGACAGGAAGUUGGUUCCCAUGGUCGAGAUACGAGAGGAAUCUUCAGAGUACAUCAGUUUGAGAAAGUAGAACAAUUCUGCUUAACAUCUCCACAUGAUAAUAAAUCGUGGGAAAUGAUGGAGGAGAUGAUAAGAAACGCCGAAGAAUUCUAUCAGGAAUUAAACAUUCCAUAUCGUAUAGUGAAUAUUGUUUCUGGUGCAUUGAAUCAUGCAGCUUCGAAGAAGCUUGAUCUUGAAGCUUGGUUUCCUGGUUCUACGGCAUUCCGCGAACUCGUCUCCUGCAGCAACUGUCUGGACUAUCAAGCAAGACGUCUUCAUGUGAGAUACGGGCAAACGAAAAAAAUGAAUGCUACUACUGAUUACUGCCAUAUGUUAAAUGCAACAAUGUGCGCUGUGACGCGUGUGAUUUGUGCGAUUCUUGAAGUCAAUCAGACUGAGACUGGUAUUCACGUACCAAAGGCAAUCGCACAAUUUAUGCCUACUCAAUAUCAGGAAGAAAUUCCAUUUGUCAAACCAGCUCCAAUUGAGGAAGCUGAGACGAAGAAGCAAAAGAAGCAGAAGGAUGGAUUAAAGAAAUGAUUGAAUCAAAAAUACUAUAGGCGUUUUCAAGUCAUAGCUAAUUUAUUCCAAUCGCAUUUUUUUUAACCUUUGCAAACGUCAGAUGAACGAUUGUUUCGAUAAAUAAAU